UUUCCUGUUGUCUUGCUGCUUAAUGAAAAAGCCUCGCUGUUUCUGGAAGAUAUGUUGAAUUGAAUUAAAUGAGUUAGAAGAAUAAGUUAGAAAAAAGUAAAUAUCCAGUUUUCUGGGAUUUCCUUGAAAAUGUAAUGCAGUGAAGCCUGCUUUUUCUUCUGCUGUGCCUUUCCUCUUCUGUGAUUCUUUCACCUAUAGCAACAUUGCAGUUAUUUGUAUUUUCUCCAGAGUUAGUGGGACAGUCAGUUAAAUGGGAAACUGCACAGCUGGGACUUUGCAGGAAUAUGCCAGAUCGAUCAGCGAGUCUCUGGUGUGGUAUUUGAGAAGACUGUGAUUUUGCAGCACUUUCAGACCAUGUUAAAGACUAAGUUGAAUGUCCUAACUCUUCGGAAAGAACCUCUUCCGACAGUGAUCUUCCAUGAACCGGAAGCCAUUGAGCUGUGCACCACAACUCCCCUCAUGAAGGCCCGGAGUCACACAGGAUGCAAGGUUACAUAUUUGGGUAAGAUUUCCACAACAGGGAUGCAAUUUUUGUCAGGCUGCACAGAGAAACCGGUCAUUGAAUUAUGGAAGAAGCACACACUCGCCAGGGAGGAUAUUUACCCAGCUAAUGCUCUUCUGGAAAUUCGCCCUUUCCAAGUCUGGCUGCAUCAUCUGGACCUCAAAGGUGAGGCGACAGUCCACAUGGAUACCUUUCAGGUAGCACGUAUAGCCUACUGCACUGCUGACCACAACAUCAGCCCAAACAUCUUUGCUUGGGUCUAUCGGGAGAUCAACGAUGACUUGUCCUACCAGAUGGACUGCCAUGCUGUAGAGUGUGAGAGCAAGCUGGAGGCUAAGAAGCUGGCCCAUGCCAUGAUGGAGGCAUUUAAGAAAACUUUUCACAGCAUGAAAAGCGAUGGUCGGAUCCACAGGAACAGCUCGUCAGAGGAAGUGUCUCAUGAAUUUGAGUCUGAUGAUGGCUGACUGAACUCAAUCAUGGUUCAGCAAAGGCAGAAAUGGCCUAGGGAAUGAGAGCUGAUAGAUGAAUAAGUAACAAUUGAAACUGGGGAAGGAAAGGACUGCCAAACACUUCCCUGACCAGCUUUUUAAAUCAAAAGAGCAAUUCAGUACCUACAGAUAUGCAUCAUUAAAGUAAUUACAUUGAAAUCUGCUGCUGUUGUAAAAGUGAGAAAAAAAGCUCUCUCCCCCAUUUCUCUCACCCACCCAUCACUGUCCCUUUCUCAUCUCUGUAGUUCAGGUGCAUACCAUGAAGUGGAGUCAUUCCUGUUUGUCUUAUAAGGCUGGUCAGGCAAUUUUAUUAGUUGCUUCCCUGGCAUUACAAGCUGGGGUCUGAUGCUGGUGCACAAGAGCAAGUAGACCUGGAAAGCCCUAAUGGCUCCUGAAGAAUCUUUCUCCAUGAUGCAUCACAAAAAUUCUUUGACCGUACGUAGGCUAAGACAGCCAUACAUAGCCUUUUAGACUAAUGAUCUGCCAUUCUGCAUUUAAUUCACAUUUCACAGAUAAAAGUCGAUGCUUUUAUGUACUCAUUAUAUCAUAUGCUAUCCUUUAUUUUAUUCAUUGUACCUAUUUUCUUAAUAUACCUGCUGCCACAUCUGUCACCCAACACCAGUAGUUGCAGUUUCAGACUAUAUACUGCAGGAUACCAAAAAGGGGUGGGCAAAAAUACUCUAUGACGUAUAGGGGCGCAGUGAGCCAGCACCACUAUCUGUUCAUUUUCCAACCCUGCUAUGUUCUGCAGGACGGGGGACCACUGGUAGGUGUUGAGGGACGCUUGGGUCUGUCAGUGUUUGAAUUUUGACUUAUCAACCUCAGGUCUGAACUGAUACAAGCACAGUAGACUCAACUCCAUGUUACCGGUCUCUGCAUAGCUGGUUGAGUGGCCCUCGUGGAAUGGAGCUGGUAGUGCUUCGCUGCACAUACAGGGCUGUGUUACUGUAGAGAUCAAAGGAAAUGGUCCCUUAGGGGUCAGGUUUGAACAUCAGUUCUGGUUGAGAAGCUCAUGUUAAGACUCCCGUAUCUUUCCUUGUUUGCAGAUAUACAGUCAUGCCUUUCUUAAAUGCAGAUGUUUAAUAAAACUCAAAUGAAAGGAAAAACUUGUUUCACUUGAUAUUUUUUAAGGCCAAGAGCAGAUCAAUAGUUUGCAGGUAAUGCUGCUCCUUUGUAUGAUUUUGUUUGUAAUUAUGGUAAUGUUAGGGGCACUAGGACACCUUACAGAGCCUUAAAAGGAAGCUAAUCAAAGCAGAUAGCUCUAUGUUUGUGUUUUUGUGGGUCUGUAGGUUUGUAUGUGAGUGUAUGUGUGAGUCCAUGUUAAAGCAUGUAGAUAGAGCAUGAAAACAUUGAAGGCCCACACAUCUUGGAAAAUAUGCUUGUUGCUUUACAAUGUAUGUAAAUGGUUCUCCAGCAUAAAUACAUUCAUACUUUAAUAAAAAACAAAAUGUCCUG